UUGUAUUCUGCGCGACAUUUUUGGUGCUCUUGGAAACAUCACUGCUCCCGAAGGAAUUCUACCUGUUUCAUUUGUUUCUUAAAUAUACGACACUUCGUGACGUCGGCAUGGCUUCUAAUAUGUACCGAGAGGUGGACGGCAUGUACCUCAGUCUGGGCUUUUCCGAAGAGGUAGUCCGCUCGGCCCUCGCCUACAAGCCGCGUCAGGAUGACGUGUUCAUCGUGAGCUACCCAAAGUGCGGCACCACAUGGAUGCAACACAUCGUUUAUUAUAUCUUCAACGAAGGGAAACCACCCAAAGAUCAAAGACACUUCUUAGCACAGACCCCCUUUUUGGAGUUCGUUGGAGUUGAAGGUGCCAUUUACCUGUCGAGACCUGCGGCUAUCAAGACACACAUGCCUUUCCACUUGCAGCCUUUUUCGGACCAAUCAAAGUACAUCUACAUUACAAGGAACCCUUUUGACUGCUGCGUUUCCUUCUAUUACCACACGAAACAUCUACCAGAGUACCGUUUCGAGGACGGAACAUUUGAUGAAUUCUUCGAGUUCUUCCUAAAGGGUCAAGUUGACUUCGGCGAUUAUUUCACACACCUGUUGUCCUGGUACGAGGAAAGGAACAGACCCAACAUUAUGUUCGUGACUUACGAAGACCUGAAGAAAGAUACACGUGUCUGGAUACAAAAAGUGGCAGAUUUUCUUGGAGACGAGUACGGACGUCGACUUCGGGAACAUCCUGACCUUUUGGAACGAAUUCUUGAGCUUACUGGUGUGAAGCAUAUGAAGGGUUGGGUCAACGACUUGAUGGGGAACGUGUUACCGCAAGUGUGUUCUACGCCGGUCGAUAGUCUGCCACCGUGUCUGGUGAAUAUAGCUAAAUGCGCGAAUAAUGACCUGAAAAAGCCAAUGACGGGCGACUUUGUUCGAAAAGGGGAAGUUGGUGAUUGGAAGAACCAUUUCUCUCCGGACCAGACGAAGCGCAUGAAAGAGUGGAUUGCAAAGCGGACUGUGGGAAGUGACAUUAUGGAUCUGUGGAAGGACAUGAACUUGGAAUAGUUCAUAUUCAAUAUUAUUGGUACAAAAUUCUAUAGUAAUUGCUCUUGUAGCUCGUACAGAGCGCUGUUUUUGUUACUAGUUUACUUGGUUUAUGGACGCUUUUGGCUCAUGCCAUGUAUGUGCAUGAACGCUCCUAUCCGCCGUAAUCUCGCCCCGCUCUCAGGGAUCUCCAGAGCCUAUACACUGCUGAAGCAGAACUUCACCACAUAAUCACAGUCCUAGCAAAAAAACAUACGUAUGUUUCUUUUUUUUUUUUUUUUUUUUUGUAGGAGCGUGUUCUCCCUACUGAUUUGCAGAAAACGGGACGGGAGUCGCCUGUUUUGUACACAUCAUGCGAAGUGUCCAAAAUACGCGGACACAUCCCGUUUUCAACAAAUCAGAAGGCAGAACGAUAUCAUUCUGAAUGACUGUUGGCUCCGAGCGGUGUUAUGUGAUGAAGCCCUCUUUCAACAGUGUAUAGGGACACUUGAAGGGGGCCCUCUAUUUCUAUACUGUAUUCUCGCCUUUCUCGCACUUCACGAGGUCCUCCCUUUGAUCGUCGAAGCGCACUCUACCAUACCGCCUUCUCUUGACGUUCGCUGCACUCAAGGGCGUGCUAAAUCACAUUCCAGCAGCCAUUUGUCUCGAGCCAGGUUCAAACAGAGCGGACGACUGUGGCGACAUUGUUGUGGAGUUUGUGGGAUACAUAGUUGUACGUUAAGAGAAGACAGUCGCUGCGUACAACGUAAGCAGUUGCGUGACUCAAGGAAUUAGAGGGGCCCCUUGAAACGCAUUUGCCUUUAGAAACCCUUGAGGACAGAACGUGAACACAGU